GCGGCCGGCUGGCGUCGGUCGCGGGGUGCGGAGCGACGAGGCGGGGGGAAGCGGCGCGGGGUGCGCGCGCAACGGCAGCCCCCUCGCCGCGCCACUUGCCUCCCGUCAGUCGCCCGCCGACUCUGCUUGUGCUUGUGUGACUCGCGCCGCUCCGUGCACCGCACUCGUGCUCCGAACACGACGCGUGCCGCCCCGCUGUGGCCGCGAACCGCGACCUCUACGCUACCGGCGAAUCGUUUCUCCUAACUUACGUGCAACUUGCUAUGUUUUAACUUACGGACAUUUUACACUCCCUUACCCGGCUUGUUUAUCCCUCAUCAUAGUUGAGCCCCGCACCGCACCGGCUUGCUCGCUGACCGCCGAGCCGCUAAUCUAGCUUUUUCGCGCCCCACCGUCGCCCGCCCAGACCCGCACCGGCCGCCGCCAUGCUCGCGCACCAAGCACCGCUCGCCCUCUACUAAACUCAACCGUCAACAUCGAUAAGAACGCGUGUGAUAAUAAUAUUUUAAUACUCGCCUAAAUAAGCUUGCAACGUCGGUGUCUUUAAUUCUAACUUAAUUGUAAGAUUAAUCAACUAGUAAGUAGUACCUAGCGUGGUAGCCGCGUCCGUGCGUGUGUGUCGUAGUGUAGUGAGGGUGCGCGAUCGACGCCAGUGGCCGCAGCAGCAUCUCUCUAGCCGUGUGACCAGUGCAUGCUGAGAGCGCGCGGGCGCGCUCGCUCCCCGCCGCCUAUGCGCCGCACUCGCUCUGCGUAAUUGCGCGCGCAUCUACCGCCCCUGAAUUUUAUGGCAGCAAUGGCCACCAUGGUGAACAUGAAUAACCUCUUAAACGGCAAGGACUCACGUUGGCUACAGCUUGAAGUGUGCCGCGAAUUUCAACGGAAUAAGUGCUCGCGACCCGACACCGAAUGCAAGUUUGCGCAUCCCCCGGCUACCGUGGAGGUGCAGAAUGGAAGAGUUACCGCCUGCUACGACAGUAUCAAGGGUCGGUGUAACCGCGAGAAACCACCUUGCAAGUACUUCCAUCCACCCCAACAUCUGAAAGAUCAGUUGCUAAUCAACGGCAGGAAUCAUCUAGCACUGAAGAACGCACUAAUGCAGCAGAUGGGCCUGACGCCCGGCCAGGUGCUGCCUGGCCAAGUCCCCGCUGUGGCGACGUCACCGUACCUGUCGGGCGUGCCGGGCGUGGGCUCGACGUACGCGCAGUAUUACGCGCCGCAGCUGGUGCCGGCUGUGCUGGGCCACGACCCCGCCGCAGCCGCCGCCUCGCCGCUCGGCGUCAUGCAGCAACCCGUGCUGCAGCAGAAGCUGCCGCGCACCGACCGCUUAGAGACGGCCGCCGCAGCCCAGCAGCCGACAGCGAGCGCGACUUCGGAGCCGGGCAAGAAGCGGCCGGCGCCCACCGAGCUCGAGCCGCCACCGAUGGACAUGAAAAGCGUCGGAUCCUUCUACUACGAUAACUUCGCCUUUCCCGGCGUGGUGCCGUACAAGCGACCCGCCGCAGACAAAGCGGGUGUACCCGUGUACCAGCCGGCGACGACCUAUCAGCAGCUGAUGCAGCUUCAGCAGCCGUUCGUGCCCGUAUCAUGUGAGUACCCCGCACCCGCCACGUCCGCCCCGCCGACCGCGAGUGUCCCGUCCAGUGCCGCGCCGCCGCCGUCCGCGGCCGCAUCCGCGCCUUCCGCCGCGGCGCCCACUCCGCAGCCGCCCGCCCCGGCGCCGCCGGCUCCCUCUCCGCCCGCCGACCCAGGCACGCCAGACCCCGCCGCAAUGGCUAAAGAGGUGGCACAGAAGAACUACGUGGCCGCGCUAGCAUUCGCAGCGCAGCAUUCUGCCAUGGCCCAGGCGGCGGCGGCCUACACACAACAGGCGCUGAAGGCGCAAGCGCGUGCCGGCAUGCAGCACGCGGGACUAGUGCGCGCCCCACACAUGAUGGUGCGGCCGGGCUGGGCGCCGCCCAUGCCGGUGCCGUACUACCAGCAGCCCUUCAUGUACGCCGUGCCGCCGCCCGCCCCGCCCAGCGCGGCGGCGGCGGCGGCUGCGGCGGCGGCGGCCGUCAACCCCUACAAAAAGAUGAAGACCACAUAGAGAUCGCGCGGUCGGCGGGGCGCGGGGCGCGGGGUCUCCGCGUAGAGACUCGUACUGUGCGGCCGAGUGUCGCCCCGGCCUGUCGGGGCAGUUAGCGCUAGGCGUGUUGUCACAUUUGUAUUGUAUUAUUGUAAGGACGAAGCGAGCGGCAUCGCCCUCGCGGAUGUCUCGGUAGUUUUACGCUAUAUAUAUAUACUACUGUAUCUCUACUCACUUACCGUUAUUACCCUAUGCGUGUAUAUUUCUCGUAUCUACGAUCCCGGUAAUAAUAACGCUUGAGAUGCAUGACUGUACGUUUUUUUAUUACCUCUUGUCGAUCGUCGUUUAUCGUGAAUACCUAUCGUCGUACUGAGAGUUGAGCGCUUGGUCCGUCGAUCCCGCUACGUACACGCUUGUUCUCGAAGGAGCUCCGCACGGGUGCGCUUUGGCCGAUGUGUCGCUCCCGUACCUACUAGUGGUUACCGGCUUGCAGCAGCAGGCCCGCACCUAACACAGCCGCCUUCUAAUUUUCGCAUGGAAUAGAAUCCACCACCCCUAUACGUUUGGCUCAUCAGGUAUUAUUCUCAUUAUUCUAGUGGCUCCCGUGUGCGCUAAGUGUGGCGAGUUCAUCAGUAGUGGCGCGGGGGCGGCGUGCGUCGCCCCCGCAGUUUUUGUUUCAAUCGCACCUCCUUCUAUUUAUUUUAAACGCUUUCUGUUACAUGCCUUCCGAAUGACGCUUCGGCUGUCGUCCGCAUUGCAAUCUUUUGUCGCUUUUUGUGUCGGGCGUCAGGCUGUGCGCCCCCGAACGCGCCCUACGUGGUGUACACCGACGAGCGCGGACAGGUAACGAGUGCCGCACCGCCGCACUCCCGCGCACUCCCCGCGCACUCCCGCGCAUUCCACGCUCAUUCCGCGCUCACUCCGACGCUGCCGCUUUGUUGUAUUACUGCGCGUCAUUACACCACACUCUAGUAAAACAACAACUACUCACAUAUUCUCUAUCAAACUGACUAUCAGCAGCAGUUCUAAGGCUGCUUAAUUAUUGUUUGCAACACCCUGUUUCAAUUUAAAGUCUAUGUAAUUUUAAUAUCUACAUAUCUGAUUUGGUUGUAAACUUACAAUAACGUUGUUUUUGCUAUUCUGUGGUGUCUUCCCGUUCUGUAUUCAGCAAAGUGUCGUGUGAGCUGAGCUCAACGCUAACACAUUAAUAGAUUAGACGCAAGCCCUCCACGGCACAAACCCUGCGCUAUCCCGCGCUGUACCUCGCAGUGUCCCGCUAUCCCUCGCAGUCCCCCGCAGUCCCGGUUCACGACCAACAUGCCUCGCUCUAACCAGUACGCUACCAAACGCAUAUCACCUCCUACACCUCUGCGUUUACUGCUUAUUAUGUUUUGUUCAGAAGCUCGAAGUCAAUUUAUUAAUUACUCAGUGUUUUGAAAGUAAAUCCUGCUAACUGAUUUGUUUUUGUAAUUGUGUGUUAUCGUAAAAUGUUAUUGGCCUAACAUUAAUUAGUACAGAUUAAAUGACAAUAUACAUUUUUCACACAAAUAAUCUAAAUUUUUGAUAUCCUUGUUACACAAGCCUAUAGUACCAUGUGUAAUUUAACAAAUGAAAGAAGUAAAUCAAGCAACUUUGAGUCCGCAUAGAUGUUCAGAGCUUGCUUCUUCACUCGGCUUCAGUAGAAGUACUGUUUUAGUUUUAGUUUGUGGCGCUUCACGCGGGCUUAGUAGGCUAAACACUCGCUUGAUAACAACGAACCACGAAAGUCACACGAUCACCACACUACAGCGGGAUAUGGUGCGCUUGGUGAGCUUGUUCUAUUAAACCUGACGACACGCGUCGAACGAAGACUAUGUGGAUCACGAGUUAAUGUCGUCACCAUACUAGCAUCGUCUGCUCUGACGGUAUCUUUCCUUCCUGCCGACACAGGUGGCAGGCAGGCCGCGUAUCUAUUCGGUGACCUCUUGAUAUAUCCGGCACUACAGUACAGUGGAGGUACGAGGACUCGACCGACCGCCACUGGCCGCCACCGACGGUCGCCGACUGGUGGCGUCGCUUGUCAACCGUCUCAUGAUAAUAUUUCUUUGUCAUCAUCACACCAUCUAGUCAUUGUGCUGUAACUGUAUCGAUAUAUAUUGUAAUGAACAGUUGAUGCUACAACUUACUUGUUGAUGAUUUUUAGUUUUGUAUAGUGAGACAUACUUGCUUUCAAAUGUGGAAGAAGUCACUCUACAGUAUUGCCUUGCUUACACCCGGUAAGAUACAAUCAGCUUACUAUAAUAUCCUCAGUAUAAGUUAUUUCCUGUUUGCAGCCUAUACUGAAACACGCCGCUUGUCACUCGCAUGGAGUUGCAAAUAAUAAUAACUUGGCUCUCUUUUCUUAAACUUGCUUCUAAAACUAAUGAACUCGGCAGUUUCAGUAAAGGUCACUUUAAUUAUUGAAAUUUAACGAAGCCAUUUUAUAUACCACUAAACAGUUGGCCUUUUCAAUAAUGUACUCACACUUGCCUAAUUUACAUGUAAAUAAUACUUUUAAUAUUAUUAAAAUGCUUAGUCAACUGUUUAGUUCUAAUUGAGUUCACCUUUUGGCCAAUAUCAACUAUCAACUGCUAAUAAGGGGGUUUUUACACUCAUUUAAAUGCUUUUUGUAAACAGUUAUUUUACGCGUAGUUGGUAGUUGAAGUGACGAUGGUGAAAUAAGAAAACUCGAAGUGAUAUUAUGACAUAGAUAAUAGAGUAUUUAUUGUAAGUGUAGGGUACAGUAUUUCUGUAGUCCUGUAGUAAUUCAUUCGUAAUGUAAUGUGUACGCAAUCACUUCGAAUUUUCUGUGAUAAUGCUUAAAAUGCUUCGCCGUUGCGGCUUCAAUUCCUCGCUUACGACUUGUUGAGGCCUCUCUGACGCUUGUUAAAGUGUUCACGUAGAUGUAAUAAUAUACUUGGUUUUCUUUUGUUUGUCGUACAGUAACCGCACUCUCUAAUGGUCAUUAUGUUGCAGUUUGUACUACCACUAACAUGUCACGUCCAGAACUGUCAUGUAAGCUAAAGGUAUAAAUUUAAUUUGUCUAUUUACAUUAUAACCAUGGCAACCUACCGAUAAGCAUGACGUCCUCUGUUCCUCUACUGAGAACACCGGGAGAUCUAAAUUCAUCACAGCCGACGCAGACCUCUCCACACACAGCCUCUUUUAGCUUUAUAUAGCAACAGUUGGUAUUUAUGGGUACACUUUGGACGCUACAAAACCUCUAGUACGCCCUCGCCCUGGUAAAAGUUGUCUAGCAUCAUGCUUAAGCUUUUUUGUAAAAUAUAGUCACGCUUAAAUAAGAUUGGCUGCGCAAUAAUGAUUAUACUUCAAGCGUUCUGCAUGCCAUUUAGAUAUUAUAUAUUCAUACCUAUGUGCAUAGUGCAGCGUACUUAACACUACUCUCUGACGGUUAUGGAAGCUCGUUCACGAGAAUAACUCCAGCAGUGGGCUCUAAUUUACUAUUCUCUUUAAUGUUGCAUACUAUUACCUCAACAGUACUACAAUAUAAAGGUGACACACAUAAUAUACAGCGCGCACGUAAAUAAAUCAAAGAAUGCUUGGAAGAUCCAAUCAUAUUGUGCAACGAAUCUUGUAAAGUUCUUGUAAUAUUGAAGCAGCAACAAGAUUUGAUUUCGAGCAAUUUUCGCCUUCCGUGUGUCCCGUUUUGUGUUAAUUUUAUGUAGCGACUGAGAAACUACACACGCAUACUUUCCUUCCAUACGAAUAUAUAUUGACGACAUGUCUCAUCCGACCGACACGAGCAGGGAACCUUAAUUCAAUACAAUGUGAUAGGUGUAGUCGAACGAUCAUUACUGUUAUUUGCUCUUUGAUAUUACAAAAACUAUUUCAGCGUUAUUUUUCAGACGGCUGUGCAAUGAGGAUAAUAAUCAGUGUCAGAUGUAUGAAUGUCCAAUCAGUGAUGAAAUAGAAUUUAGCAUUAACACUAUUAACAUAAUAAGUUCAUAAACCGUCGGUUCCAUGUCUCUUACACUCUUACAUAUUGACACUAACUUUUUUAAGAGUAGCUUGUAUUUGAUCUUUUGUACUUAUAUCGACUGUUUAUGAAGUAGAUUAUAGUUAUAAGAAGCAUACAGACUGUUGUUCCACAAUGCGAAUUUGACUCUUGGUGUACAUGAACCCGAAUAGCGGUUUUGUUAUGUGGAAUUGAUGUCUAUCAUUAAGAAGAAAGGGCUCUAAAAGUAUAUUUACUUUCUCCAUAUUUAAGCAAACGAAAUUGCAAAAGUUUUACAACGAAAAAGUCAACGAAUUAUUUUAUGAACAUUGCCAAUGUGCUGAGAAAUGGUGAGCCUAAGUUACAUUAGACUAAUUACGUAUCUAAUUAAUAUGCACCAAAGAGAAGAGCAAGCAUUGUGGAAGCGGCUGGACUGUAUGAUAUUGAAAUUGAGUAACGACAAUAAUACUAAUGAAGGUGUUGUUAUAUUUGCAGUUACUGGACACCCUCCCGGUGUGCCAAGAUUUUAAUCGACAAGGAUGUACAAGACCUACCUGCAGAUUUGUUCAUAUUCGUGAAGGGUGCGGGCUGCAGGUGGUGGGGUGUCGCGUGGUGGUGUGUCGCGACGCCGCGGCCGGCACGUGUCGCCGCGCCGCCUGCCGCUACUACCACAUCCCCGUACAGCUGCCGCCAGCGCUGCGCCCCCCCUAACCUGCCCCCCCGCCACCCGUCCACCGCCGCACCCGAGCCCUCAUCCCUCCUCCCCCUCCCUCACCCCUCCAUCUCCACCUCCACGUGAUCCGACCCAUCCCCGCAUCGCCCGCGCCCCGCGUUAUCCAUAUCGAUCGCGCCUCUGGCACACUCGGGAAAGGCAGGUUCGGCAAGUAUCCUACUGUCGCUCCCGCGGCUGAGGUGGUGAUAUCUUAGUGAAUAUCGGUUAGUGUAGAGCGGCCGGGGCGGGCCGCGUGCGCAGUUAGCGCCGGCGCCCCGCCCCCGUCUGGAGAGCGUUAUAGUCUUCGGGAAGAGUGUGUACAUAAGUAGCGGGAUAUGAUUCUCAGGCACGGUCAUACGAUUGUGAUAUGAAUAGAUUUCGAGACGCCGGAGCCGUUUGAGUAAUUUUAUCGAGAUCGUACCGAGAUCGUCGAAUAGUAGUUAGUGAGGUUUCAAAUGUUUUAUUACUAUUGUAUAUUAUUUUUUUUAAGAUACGAUAUGAGUUCCUGUAAAGAUCAGUGCAGUCGCCAUCGGGCGCUGCACGUAAACUUUGUUGUAUAUAAGCAAGCGGUGUAAUGUUUAUGGGUGGUGCGGAGCGCACCGUCGCCGCCGGCGCCGGUCCGUUCGCGGCCGGCGGCCGAUGCCGGUGUCAAAAGUUGCAUCACCCCACUCCUAACGUGAGCAUUUUUGUGAGAAUUAUGUUACUUUUUUACGUAUGUUAUAAAUUUAUUUUUUUCUAGAUGACAAGUUUUACACUAGAUUAGAUUAAGUGAGUCAGUAAUGAAACACCAAUAGAGUAGCCGCUUCUCUCCCUCGGCACUGAAACUUUUGACGCCGGAGCACAACUCGCGCGACUGGUGCCGCGCGUUCGCUCGCUGCGACUAGUCGGUACGUCGUUCUUCCCUUAUGGAGCCAUCCCGUUCGCACCACAUCCCACGUCCCACGACGCGCGUGCGUCGCCCAGUUCACACUUUAGCAUAGAUCGCGACACUCGUAGAGUGAUAGAGGACAGAAAUUCAUAAUACAAUGAACGUUAUCGGACAAUAUUAAACGAAGAAGGCAUACUUCCAAGCUAUUUACCUAAAUUCUAGGAUAGAACGUCGGCUUUUAUUCCAGAUAGAUUUUGCUAGAUAAUCAUUCUUUUACCGGUCGAUUCCCGUCUAUCGAUGCACAAAAUAUUACCGACGAUCGAGUCCGAUUACCUCUCGGUGAUGACAGCAUAAAGAAAUAGCUACCUAUAUUGUUUUCAACACAACAGUAUUAACGUUUUGAUCAAAUUUAUCUCGUCGUAUGUAUGUAGAGGUGAUAUGCGGAUAGAGAGAGAGGCGGGUGCGCGCGCGCCGUGUCGCGUGUGUCGCUCGAGUCGCUAGUGUCGCUCGCGGCCAGUAUACUGUAUAGAGUCGCAGUGUCGCACGCACGACGCGGCCGGCGCGCGCGUCCCGAAGGCAUGGAAGCCUAAUGCCUAAUAUUAUUCCUAGUCCAUAUCCUUUUUGUUGAUCAGUCAUGCGAUUAAUGUUAGAAUAAAUAUUAAUAAUUUGAUUUAUUCCUCCCAUUUAGUGGAUAUUUUGAUAAUGAUAUAUUAAUAAUGAAAUAUUUAAGAUACAUAAUACAUAUUUGAUUCUAAAUCCUGAUAAAGUGACACUACGUUAGUAAUUUAAUCGGAGGGAUACUUGUGCCGUGAUUAUAUUUUUAGGUAUAUAUUAUGAGAUAAUUCCUAGCGUCGGAAUUAAACAAGUGAUUAAUGUGUAAGCGUGUUAUAUUUAUUGUCGUAACGUAAGUGGAAUGCCAUAUCGAUAAAAGGUGAAUAUCGGAUGCGGAGUCAAACUCAUUAGUAACUCGUUGCGUUUGUGUUUAUGUUGAUUGUUAUUAUCAGUCCCGUGCUAGUGGCUAAGUGAACAGUUCACUUUUAUCAAUACGGCACUAUGAGUCUUAAAUAUAUAAGUUGUCAUAUUAUUUUUUGUUAAAAUUUAUCGUUUCAUGAUUUAUUUGUUGCCUAUAAUUUUUAUAAUCAAAAUUUUAUGAUCUGACGCAUUUAUUGUAAGACAAUCGAUUACUUUUAUAAUUAAUUAGUGUGAUAAUAAUAAUUAUGGUAUCAAAUUGCCGUUAUGAAAUAUAGAACAUCGAAAGUAUCCUUCCUGUUUAGAAGGGACUCUUCUGGCCCAAGGUUUCUAGUGGAUUUUAUAUUUUUCUUUUGUUGUAUUUUUAAUGUUGCGUGUGUCUUACACAUAAUAUAUUUCAUUUUUGUGAUAUUUUUAACUAUAAAGUACUGUUAUUAUAAAUCCAAAUGGAAUAAUGAUGACCUAAUUAAUAUUCAAGAAUUUAUUUGUAAAUCACAAAAAAAAAUGUAAAACUGUAAAUAUAUUGACAAAAAAAUGAACUGCAACACAAUAAUUGAUUAUUAUAUCUCUCAUCAAAUACACUGUAAGUUGUUUGAGUACCUAAGUAAUGGUAUCUUAUUAUGUAGUAUGUACCUACAAUCUACUUAUUGUAAACCGGUCCAGUGAACAAAGUAUUGAUAAUAUUGUGAACAUUUUUUUAUUCACGAACAAUCACAGAAAGUACAUGACAUUGUAAUAUUAUUUAUGAAAUUACUAUGUGAUGUGAUCUUCGGAUCAAUUUUGAGUACAGUAUAGAUAAUAAACAACUGAAUAUGUGA